GUUCGAGUCGGGUUCUAGAAGCAGAAACAGGAGACAAAAUCAGUCUCCGAGUAAAUUUGGUUGAGUUUGGACGCGUCCGUGCGGCUCUGCGUUUGCCCGUUCGUCAAGUUUAGUCAGUUGUUCAGGUUCAGUAGAGGAGUGUGCUGCUGCCUGUUGUGCGUGCAUCAUCGUUCGUUUGGCUCCUUUGCAUCCUGACGAAGAACAUCUCUUUUCUGUGCUUGGAACGAACUAAUUUUUGUGAUUUUGUUUUUUGAUUAGAAAUCAAGGAAAGUUGUGUAAACUGCUGCGAAACGAAAUCAAUCAAGAAUACUGAAAAAAGUCGCGUCUGUAUUUAUUGUUGUAAAAGCAAAAUCCAACAAAGGGAAAAGCAUCAGUGAGAAGAAAAGCCUCUCAAGGUGAAAUUUUGUAGAAAAGAUUGAAUAGUGCAUCGUGUGAGGAAAUAACCCAUCAGCAAAAGAAUAUCAAGUGUUUGUGGACUUCCAUUUUCCUUCGCUGCCGCCGUCGUCGUUUUUUUUCCGUUUCCAUCAUCCUCGGUGUGUUCUCCCCAGCGAGUUCCCGAGUUUGAUCGUUCCCCUAAAAUCGCGGCUGUGUGCUAGUGUGGGUGUGUGUUACAGCGGCGGCAGCAGCAGCAGCAGCUGCUUUGCAAGGUGAUCACAAAGGCCAUUGAUGCGAUUAUCGGUGGGAAGCAGCAAGCUGCUAGAAGCGCUGCAUUGGUGUGCGUGAGAUCUAAUGCCAAAGUCAGAAGCAUAAACGGGGUGUAAACAACCAGAGAGCUGUCAAAUAAAGUGCUUCGCUUGUGUGCUACACAAAGUGGCCCCCCAUCAUCAGCGGAGCCAGCCAGAGAGCAAGGCACAAGUGCGUGUGUUGUAAGAAGGAAGAACGCGAGCGAUAUUGUGGUGUGCCAGAGGCCACAAGGUUUUGGUGCGAAUUUCUUUCGGUUUGGAGGUCGGGUUUUCCGGGUUUGUUGCGUGGAUUCCGGGACAACCGGGUGUGGAUUUUGGUGUAGUGUUUGGUGGUGAACACCGUUCCGGUGGAGGAAUCCUGCGGCCGCUGGAGAACUGCUCGCAAAAUCAGAUCCGGAGUGAGACUCGCUGCUGCUUCUUUCUGGCCCUUUCGGCUGUGUCUGAUUUGCAAGGUUGCUGCUUGGCUGAAGUUUUGCAACCUCCCCAUCAUCACCAUCAUCGCCGUCAUCGGCCAUCGGUUGUAGCUUCUGCAGGGAACGACGGAACAGUUUUGUUUUCGGCGGACGGAAAACGGAGUUUGCUACCCAGUUUCGAAUCCUACUUCUCCAAGGACAAUCGAUCCCGUACAAUUUCCAUCAAAACUCCUGUCGCCUAAAUUCUCUUUCACUUACACGUUUUAAGUAUCACCUACCACCAUAAAACAGCCAUCUGCAGGAACUACUCGAAAAUCCCGAGUAUAUCCAUCUGCAAAACCACGAACCUUCUUUGCACCAAACCUGCAAAAAACCCGGAAACAUCCAUCCGCCGAAGAAGAAUUUAGUGGAAUCAAGGAAGCACCAGCGUUCCUUACCUACCUUACGCUUAACUAGUGCGAGUGCAGCCGGCAAGCAACAGCAGCACCAGCAGCCAGUGUGAUGAGCUAACCGCUCACUGCGAGUCGACUUCAGAGCAAUUUACGUCUUGACUGCGUAUGCGGCGUGCAUGCAUGCAAGCAAGAUCUGCUGACGACCUCCGACCUUCUCUCUCUCUUGUUGAAUCCCCCCGCCCUAACCUUCGACGUGUGGUCCCGCGAUUGCCAGUUCAGUAGUGUAAUUAUUUAAUUGUAUCAAUUGUGUAACGAAAGCGGCGGUGGACGCGGUUUGUGGUAGUUCGUCGUUGCGGUGUUCCUGUGUUUUCCAAGUGACACGCAGCUUUUGCUCAACGAAGAAGAAAGAAGAAAGAGUCCACCGAAGAGUGCGCGGGAAGCUUGUGAUUCGAGUAUCUGUUUCAAGUGCAUUUUCUGUAAUCAUCGUCUUCGUGAAUUGUUUGUGUUUUUUUCUGUUCUGUUCUGUUCUCGUUCUGUGCGCGUGAGUGGGAUUCAAAUCGAAGUUUGGAAUUCGGAAUUCCGGUGGUCCAUGUCAAGCAGCAACUGAGAUAUCGCUAGCGUGUUGUGUGAAUGGCGGCAGUCGGCGGUCCGACCAGGCAAGCACGUGGUGUUUCCAUGAGCGUCUCGAUGUCGCUGGUACAAGGUGGAGCAGCUGGGGCGGCCGGACCACAGGGAGCGAUCCUGGCGGCGGCCGCACCCUACUAUCAACCGCCGGCCGUGCCGCAGGACGUGCAGCCCGAUCGCCCGAUCGGUUACGGAGCCUUCGGAGUCGUAUGGGCCGUCACAGAUCCCCGCGAUGGACGACGGGUCGCACUGAAAAAACUGCCAAACGUGUUCCAGUCUCUGGUGUCGUCGAAGCGGGUUUUCCGAGAGCUCAAAAUGCUGUGUUUCUUCAAGCACGAUAAUGUACUAUCAGCCCUAGACAUCCUGCAGCCACCGCACUUGGACUUCUUUCAGGAAAUCUACGUCAUCACCGAGCUGCUCCAGUCGGAUCUGCACAAAAUCAUCGUUUCACCACAGCACCUCUCGGCGGACCAUAUCAAAGUGUUCCUCUAUCAGAUCCUGCGGGGUCUCAAGUAUCUGCACUCGGCGCGAAUCCUGCACCGGGACAUCAAACCAGGCAACCUGCUGGUGAACAGCAAUUGUGUUCUCAAGAUUUGCGACUUUGGUUUGGCACGCGUGGAAGAACCAGACCAAUCCAAACACAUGACACAGGAAGUGGUAACGCAGUACUACCGGGCGCCGGAGAUCCUGAUGGGAGCACGACAUUACUCGGCAGCAGUGGACGUGUGGUCGGUUGGCUGCAUAUUCGGUGAACUGCUCGGCAGGCGGAUUCUAUUCCAAGCGCAGAGUCCAGUGCAGCAGCUGGAGCUUAUCACAGAACUGCUGGGCACACCCACGCUAGAGGACAUGCGACACGCCUGCGAAGGAGCCAGAACACACAUGCUGCGAAGAGCACCGAAGCCUCCGUCCCUGUCCGCGCUGUACACCCUGAGUACGCAUGCCACCCACGAAGCAGUGCACCUCCUCUGCCAGAUGUUGGUCUUCGAUCCGGACAAAAGAAUAUCGGUGAUUGAUGCCCUGGCGCAUCCGUACGUGGACGAGGGUCGACUUCGUUACCAUUCCUGUAUGUGCAAGUGCUGCUACACUCCGUCGGCCGGUAUGCGCCAGUAUGCGGCCGAAUUUGAACCCUCGGCGCCACAACCGUUCGACGACCUCUGGGAACGGAAGCUGACGUCGGUGCAGCAAGUCAAAGAGGAAAUGCACAAGUUCAUAGCCGAACAGCUGCAAACGAAUCGCGUGCCACUAUGUAUAAAUCCUCAGAGCGCCGCAUUUAAGAGCUUCGCCAGCUUUCCACCAGAAAAGACACGAGAAGAAAAGAAACAAGAUUUUCUAGAUUUUUUAAAGAAACAACCGCCAUAUGUACUAGAAGAGCGAAAAGAGCAAAUCAAGCGAAUGCUUGAAAGGUUCUAGCUUUACAACCUAGGAACGCAUUGAGUGGUUUGCGGUUGUUGUUCAACGAGAGGACAUUUCUAGACGGGACCACGACUCGAUUGGACUGACAUGAUGCGGACGACCAUUUGACGGACGGGUUUAUUACGAGUACUUCAAACCAGAUGUACAGGAUGGAAUCUCUUCGAAAUAUCCGGGAAAAAUCCAACGAUCCUCCGGCUCAACUGUGGCUCAUCCCUCAGAACUGCCACCCUCGCCGCAUCAAUGGGAAUGACACAAUGAAGCGAUGGCUGCCUGAAAUUUGUAAAUUACUCAACCAGCGCUAAGCAAAGACAGAAAAGUUAGUGCAACUCAACAGACAAAAUCACACAAUUCGAAGGAGAGCGAACAACGGUUAAAAAACUCAUUUUGGACGGAACUGAGUCAAAGUGUAUUAUAUAGAAUUUCGUAUAACUGAAGCAACACACACACCCUAGUAAAGUAGGACACUACAAAACUAUCAUGAUUAGUAGACAUGAACAAUACAAUGCUGCCAAAAAGGGCAUCCCCUGAGUAGCUUACUAGAGACACAGAGAGAAUGAGAGAGAGAGAGAAUCUCAGGAGGAUGCUACUACACACGUGAGACCCCGGAACGCGGAAUACGGAGACGGAAUGAUUAUGAACCUUUAGGCUAGAGAACACGGCAACCAACAACCUCAACCAAUUUCGGAGGACGAGACAAUUUGUUCCGCCUUCUUUGGGACACUUCGAUCCCAAGGAUGGAUGAUAGAGGAUGAAUGAACAAGCUAGUCGAUGCAUGCCACACACAAGCGUGGGAAGAGUGCAUCACAAUACACAGAUACAACACACGACGAAACCGGAGAAGGAACAAUUGGAAACGGUCCCUUGGGAUGAAGGGGCAGAUUACCUUCAAAUGAAAGGUAGCAGUAGAGCCCUUCUUAACCAGACGGAUUUUUUUCGGACUGAUCCGUGAGAGCCAUCAUCAAAUUAACCUGGAAAGCGGUAGCAGAGGCAAGUCUUUAUGUAAACCGACCGAAAAUAGGAAUGAAUCUGCCAAACUGCGACGACAGUAUGAGCUUGGUAGAUGUCGUUAUUUACGGAUACACUAUUGGAAUAAUGAUGUAACAGAAGCGCAAAACAAGAAAAAUUGAGAAAAAAAACUAUUUGCAGAUACGGCAUCAACUGUUUCUGAAAGUUAGAGUGAAGUUUGUGGAGAAAAAUAAAACAUCCGUUAAGCGAGUUGGCGACUCAGAUUCGAUGAACGGCGCAACGCUACCACUUUAGGAAAACAAACGAAUUAGGAUGAAACUGCUGCAGGUAAUGCUGAUGAUGAUGACCGUGACGUGAUGACAGAAUGAUUUAAGCAGUAGUAGACAAUUUUUUAGUUCUUAUAUUUAGUGGUUAGGUAAGUCGCCCACCAUGCUCACUGUGGGCACAAGGAGAAAAAAAAAGCUGUGUGUAAUUGUGGUAAGAAAAAUGGAGCGAUUUAAAUGGCUGCACACCUAGCGCAGAAGACGUCAUACUACUACACACUACCACGUACCAGUAAGAUAGAAAGUUUGAUAUAGUAGUACUAGGGUAUGGCUAGGUGCAGCUACUAUCAGGCAGAAGAAAAAAAAAUAAAACUAAAUCAAGAAGCAUGUUUGUGUAUGCGUGAUAGUGUGACCUUUCAAAGUUUAUUUGUUUGAAGAUUGUGUUCGCAAAUGUGGAAAAUAAAUGUACUGUAUUACAAGGAUGGCGUUUUACUCGGGAAUAUCUUGACGGAAUUGCCGCGAUGUAGAGUACAGCCAUGUCUUAGCUUCAUUCCCAUGAACGAUUACAGCUGUAUAAUAACACAAUAAAUGCUUUUACGUAUUAUACCAGUAUAACAAAGGCAAUCAUGCCUUUGGUGCAUUCAAGCAUUGAUGCAUAUUGUGGUUAAUGCUUACAUAUCCAGUGUUAAAAGUUGCACAGACUCUCAAACAUGCUCAUCAACCCUCCUUGUGCAUCAGGGACAUUUUUGACCCAAGCCGUACACUACGUUAGCAAAUUAUUCCCAACGUGAUGCUUUAGGUUAGGUUGAUAGCACGCUUUCAUCUUUUUAGAAAACUUUAGCUAAGUGAAAAUUGUUUGCGCUACAUGCAACUAUACAGUAACAUGUCAGCACUCAUUUUUUGAGAUAGUCUUUUAAUACAGAAUUAAAGCCAACCUUGACGUCAUGGAAUUCAAUAAAAAAAGGCACAUUGGAAAUUCACUGUUAAUUAACAACGAAAACCACUUUAUCAAGAAGACUUGGAACUGUGACAGUGCCAUCUGUUGAGCUAAGGUGGUACCUCUGUAUAACAGUGUAGGAGUGGGAACAUGAAGUUUCAACCACAUUGUCAUGAAUAGGAAUCCGUCGUUUUUUUCUCGUCAAAUUUCAAAAUGAUAUAUAUUUUAUUGUUCAAUUCAAGAAUCAAAUACACGAGCCUCCAACCAGAAAUUUCCACUAUCCGUGAAAGUUCAUUCAAGAUAUUUCAGAGUAAAGAACGCAACUAGGUGGAAUUAAAUAACGAAACAAAAAAGAAAACAGAACUGAUUUACGUCCAUAGACUGCCCAAACCCAAGGGCGGAAGAGGGCAUUAACCUUAGUAGCAAUGUGUAUAUUACUUCUUUUAAGUUUAUGUAAGUUUCUUAGAUCAUAGUACCAACAUAAAGAGAAAAAGAAGGACAAAAAACAUCAAUAGCGUUAAGAAUAGAGACAGAGAGAGAACGAAUCCGACAUCCCAUCCCUUUCUUGUAUAAAUAGUUCCAUUGCCCAGCACUGAUUUCAUAUAUUUUUGUAAUCUUUAAGUUGCAACAUUACAAGGUAUUGCAGCGAAAAGUGGAAAGCCAUGUGUCAUCUACUACAACAUCAUCGAAUUUCAUUCUUGUAGCUUCAAAUUGCAUUUUACCAACUGAAUGAAUAAUCCUACAAAAAAGUGUGUUCACAAAAGUGCAACAGGUUUGUUCCCCGAGAGAGAAGACACUAUCAAUCUUCUUUGAAGGCAAACAAGUCGAAAAAAACGGAUGAUUAAUGAUAAGAAAUACCAAUCAUAAAGAUCUCAUUACCUUUUCUUCUGUAUCUUAGAGUAAAAUGCAAUCGGCACGACAUCAUUUGGCGCCAGCUAAAUUAACUGGAAAACAUGUUUGAAACAACCAUGCGUCCCCUUCAAAUAACACAAGUGAAUGAAUCUUCCACUCUAGAAGACCAUGUUUCAAAACUUACCAACGCCUCCAAAAUUAGAUACAUCAGGCAAAGCAUAGAAGAUGCAACUAGAGGCAUGAAUAAUCUUAUUUGUUGCAGAAACUAAGAAAAUAUACAGCUUUAAAUUUUUCGGUAAAGAUCAUUUUGAGAAGGGAUUAGCUGGUUUCACGACGAGUAUGCUGGAAAAUUCUGGCUCUGUCAAUCGUAGUCAAUCUCGCUCGAAAAUCGCGGAAUUUCAGUCUUCAGCAAUAAUAAUCAACGACAUUGGUAUCUCUGAGAUAGAACUUUACAACCGUGAAUAUAAGUGGCUGCGUACGUAGACAGUCGUGACACAAACCGCAUGGUUCGACAUACUUGACCAUUGCAGCGCUGCAAGCGCUACAGAGGAAAUUUCUCGCCGGUCCCUUCUGGAAGAUACUAGCGCCGUCUUCGAAAAUGUGAUUUUUAUUGGCACUUUAUCGAGAACCCCCCAACCUGUCACAAUUCCCCUCCCAGAAGAAAACUCAAGUAAAUGUGUGUAUAGUUUAUUUCCAAUGAUAAUUUUGAAACUAUCACUGCGUGCAUGACGGACUUGGCAACUUUUGCUUAGUUUAGGAAUUUGUGUUUUAUGACUUUUUUCUCUCUCCACAAUCCUUACAGUCAAAGAUCUUUAGGUGGAGUGAGUUGAGGAUUUAAACAGAAAAAAUAGAACAAACAAUGACUAUCGCAAAAAGAGAACAAGAAUGAGCCGAAAACUAGCAUCUAAGAAAAGUAAACUGAAGCGGAAAACUCGACCGCAAAACAGUAAAAAAAACUACAACCUGUGUAGCUAAGUGAAGAACUGUGUAAUUAAAACUGUGUAAAAAAUCUGUAAAAAAAAUAGAAAAUCAAAAUGCACUUAAAACAGACAGAACAUUCGCAUGCUUUUCUUUCUUUAUUUGAAGUCCCUUUAUGUUGUCUUGUGUUUCUUUAUCGUUGAUUUGCUUCUGAUGUUUCUGAUAAAUACCGUGAGGUCGCCAUUCACCGCUCAUUUAACGGCAUUUUCGUAAAGUAUAUGACAUUAAAAAUCGACGUUUGCGAAUAUUGCACUUUAAUUUACGUUAACAUCUCAACAAUUAUGUUGUUAUUAUAGAAAAAAUAUAAAACGAUUGUAAAAUAUGUUUACAGCCGAAAAAAUAAAAAUUCAAAUGUGUAAUCUCUUGGCUCCUAUUACCGCUCAUGCAUCCAUUCACCGCUCAUAAUGGAUCCAUUCACCGCUCACUGGAUUAUUUUUUCAUGGAAUCACAGAAACUAUUCAUUUAUAAAAACAAAACUAUUCAUUUAUAAAAACAAAAUAACUUUUAUUUACCAAUGUAUUGAUGAUUCAUGACGUUCAGUUCAUCCUGUUUUGUCAAAAUGGAACCUUUAACGGGUUUUACCUGUUGGAUAUUUUUCCCGCUGUUUGCCCUGAACAGUUCCCAUGUUGUCCUGCAGCGCAGUGUGAGAAAUAUUUUUUGAGAACGUGAUUUCAGGUACACCCAUAUAAAAACUUGGUGAAAUGAAAGUUUUUUAAUGUGGCAGCAUGUUACAUUCACUUUUGUUAUGAUACUUUACUAACAUUUGAUCAUUUUUGUAUGAUUGACCCAAAAUGAGCGGUGAAUGGGGCAUGAGCGGUGAAUGGCGACCUCACGGUAU